AUAACGCAAGACACCCAAUCCAUACCGGAACAACAUCAUCCCUCACAGUUCUUUUUUGCUCUCCACCAUAAACUCAACUCUGCAACAUUCUCUAUUUACUUGUAGGAGGAUUCUCUGAAUGGCAGGUGCAGCCCAUGCUGUGAUGGCAGCAAACACGUUUACACGCACAUUCCCUACACAAAACACCUUCUUCUUCUCCAAAAGACAUCACAAGAUUAAUCAUCUCACCAUCAGAGCUUCCACUGAAGACGCUGACUGUAAUGUCGAAGAAUGUGCUCCUGAAAAGGAGGUCGGAAAGGUCAGCGUGGAGUGGUUGGCUGGUGAGAAGACAAAAGUAGCAGGGACAUUUCCUCCUCGUAAGACUCGGGGUUGGACUGGAUAUGUUGAGAAGGACACGGCUGGGCAGACAAAUAUAUACUCUGUGGAGCCUCCAGUUUAUGUAGCAGAAAGCGGAAUAAGUUCAGGAAAUGCAGGUUCUUCUUCUGAUGGAGCUGAGAACACAGCAGCAAUAGCUGCUGGACUUGCCCUCAUCUCUAUCGCUGCAGCUUCCUCCAUACUCCUCCAAGUAGGUAAGAACCCACCACAGAUUCAGAAAGUAGAAUACUCUGGGCCAUCACUUAGUUACUACAUCAACAAGUUCAAGCCACAAGAGAUAAUACAAGCCUCGGCGCCAAGUGUGAUUGAAUCGUCCUCAACAAUUCAGCCAGAAAGCUUAGCGCCAGAACCUUCCCAGGUUAAGGUUGAAUCAGAAGUUCAGCUGGAGCCUUCUGCUUACGGUGGCAGCACUAUCUCUUAGGCAGUAGACCUGCUUUAAGUGGGUAAACUUCACUAAAUGAAUUAAAUAUAUUAGCAGUUAUGAGAAUGUAUAUCAUGUAUUUUUUGCCCUGAGAAUGUAUAUUUGCUACAUCUUUAAAAAGGAAAAAAUGUAUAUCACAAUACACUGGAUCAAGUGUGACACAGUUUUGUGAUUAUCACCACC